GAUGACCUCCUCACAGACGAAUACGUCGCAGACCUACUCGCAAAAGAAGCGGGCGACUGCUCCUUGAAGUACUCUACGAUGGGAAUGGAGGCUUACACAACGUCGCCCACAAACAAGCUGAAACCCAACACACGCUUCUUGCGGAACAUCAUCAAGGGCACGAAUCGUCAUAACAACGCCCUCGCCGCAAAGGAGCUGUCCGAAUCCCAGGCCCGUCUCAGAGACCUCGCCGACGCCAAAGAGGAGAAGCGUAAGAAGUACACCCCCUCCGCCAGCGAGAUCCGUGGCCGCCAGCUGGGGAACAUCGCCGCCCUGCUAUCGGGUAAGACCGAUGAGGAUGCGAGACGGCUUGCGGAUAUGGAGGCCGCGUCGAGGCGGCAGAGGGAGAAGAAGGAGAAACACGACAAGAGGCGGCGGAGUCUGGAGAGGUACAGCGUGACAAGACGCAGGGGCAGGAGAUCUGAGGGUGGGGACGAAGAUAAUACGUACUGCAGGCGGAACUCAUCGUCAGAGGACGAGCGCGGGGUAGGGGAAAGUAGUAGGAAGAAGAGACACAGGGAGAGAUCGCGGUCACCGAAGGAGGGUCCCAGAACACAUCGUCAUCGAUCACCAACGAGAAGGAAGAGGCGGGAUGAUAUUGCUGAAGAGACUCCCGACCGGCCCUCUCAUCGACACUCCAAAUCGACAGGCAAGCCCACAAGGUCAAAACAAGCCAAUGACAACGACGACGACGGCAAUGCAGAAUCGGACCCGCUGGAGGACUUGAUAGGGCCAGCGCCACCCCCAACAGUCCUUCCGCGUGGGCGAGGUGCGCUCAAGGGCUCCUCUGGCAUGGACAGCAGGUUCACCCCAGAGUAUGAUCCGAGAUCCGAUCUUCAGGCAGACAACGACAGUCCUGACAGCUGGGACACCGCCGUGGAAGCUUUUCGCGGCAGAGCUAAAAUGAGACAACAGGGAGCGGACAGGCUGCGUCAGGCCGGGUUCACGGAGGACGAAGUCAAGAGGUGGGAGAAGGGUGGCGAGAAGACAAUCGACGACGUGCAGUGGGCCAAGAAGGGCGAGAAGCGGGCAUGGGAUCAAGGCAAGGAC